GAACUUCUCGGGUCCUUUCUCAAAGCCGCAGAGGGGAUCCUCGCUGAAGCUGGAGAGGUGGUCGUGUCGCUUCUGCGUGGGCAAGGCGGCACGGCUGCUGAGGCGGAGCAGAGGCGGCCCAAAGACACGUGGCAGGCCAUGGAGCUGGGUCUCGAGGCUGGGCUCCUCCUGCGCCACGUCGGCUCCUGCCCCAUGAAGGAUCUCGCAGAGCUCGGAUACACGACCACAGGCUUCCGCGGGCAAGGUCUUCGGGACGCCACUGCGCAAGUUUUUCAGGUCCGAGCGUGCAGGCUUCGCUGCCCAUCGAGCGCCAGCACGACAUCAGCUUCUGGAUUGGCCCCGAUUUCUGCGACGCGUCGCUGA